AUGAGGCCUCAAAUACUGUUGUUUGGGGACUCAAUAACAGAGCAAUCAUUCAGAUCAGGUGGUUGGGGUGCUGCUCUUGCCGACACUUACUCUCGCAAGGCUGAUGUGGUGGUUCGUGGGUAUGGUGGAUACAACACUAGAUUGGCCUUGUUUUUGUUACACCAACUUUUCGCUCUGGUAAUUGACAAGCGCAUGAAUACGGUAUUGGUAAUGGAUGAUGCUCUUGGAUCCUCAAACUUAUUAACAUUUAAAUACAGGCCAAUGGUGAAUCAGAAGUACCAAAGAUUGAAGCUUUUCUUUAGACUGUCAAUUAUAAGAAUAGGCCAAGCGUUAAAAGGGAAUGUUGGAGUCAGCUUGUAG